AUGUCUAGGUCUGUGGAACCUCUUAUUGUGGGGCGGGUGAUUGGAGAAGUUCUUGAUACAUUUAACCCAUGUGUGAAGAUGGUAACGACCUAUAACUCCAACAAGCUUGUCUUCAAUGGCCAUGAGCUCUACCCAUCAGCGGUUGUAUCUAAACCACGAGUAGAGGUCCAAGGGGGUGACUUGCGAUCCUUGUUCACACUGGUUAUGACAGACCCUGAUGUGCCAGGGCCAAGUGAUCCAUAUCUAAGGGAGCACCUUCACUGGAUUGUUACUGAUAUACCUGGGACAACAGAUGCUUCUUUUGGACGGGAAGUCAUAAGCUAUGAGAGCCCAAAACCCAACAUAGGCAUCCACAGGUUCAUUUUUGUGCUCUUCAAGCAGAAGCGAAGGCAGACUGUAACUGUGCCUUCCUUCAGGGAUCAUUUCAACACCCGUCAGUUUGCUGCGGAGAAUGACCUCGGCCUCCCUGUGGCAGCUGUCUACUUCAACUGUCAGAGGGAGACUGCUGCCAGGAGGCGCUGA